CUGAAUAAAGGAGCUGAUUCAGCUAGGGCAGACGAUACAACAAAACUCAAGAUGCUUGUCAUUUCUUGGUUAUCAGAGUAUACCCCACCACCAGACUCCAUUCUUUACCCUUACAACAAGACUUGCUAUGGUUUCUACAAUGAUGCAACAGGAAAGCUUCUAUGUCCUGUGGAUCACGACUGGAACAACUCUGAAGACUACCACCCUGAUUAUGGGGUGAUGGCUUACUCUUGGCCGACAUUCUUGUAUGAUAGACAUUACAAUGCUGGGAAUCCUAGAGAUGGCCUGUUUAAAGGGAAGUUGAUAUUAAAGACAUUUAAAGCCAUAUUUACAUCUCCCACCUCUGCAGAGCUUGAUGACCCAGAGCAGACCAGUGUCAUGCAUGGUAUGUGA